AUGACGAUGCCGCGUGAAGACCUUGAGAAGGUGAUCGGUGGUGUCUCGCUGAGGGAAGGCUUGUCGAGCGACUUUGAUCGCAAAGUCGAUCGAGAGUUUGAGGAACCAACGGAAAGACCGUCGAUCACCGACGUAGCGGUUCUCCCCAUCGGAAUCAUCCUCGACCUGGCCAUCGUCAUCGCCAUACUGUCAAACCGACGAUUGCACAAUACCGUUUGUUGUUACGUGAUGAGUAUAACGAUAUCGAGUUCGUUUAUGCUCCUGAUUGUUGCCGACGACGUACUCAAAAGUUGGUUCAGCUUCGAAUACGAUCCUAGCUUUUAUUAUUAUUUCAUAAUAGUGAGAAUGAGCCUGCACUCGUCGUCGUUGACUCUGGUGACGUUGACCCUCGACAGAUUCAUCGCAAUCUGUCGCACCGACUCGGAGUGGCACGUGAUCGUUAGCGAAACAAUGACAGCCGUAAAAGCAGUUUUAAUCAUUUGGUGUUACGCUUCGGUCUUAUCGAUACUCGAAAUGAAUCUGUACGAGUAUUUUAUUCACGUUGAUAGUAACAUCGAAGUUGUGUUUUACUGGUCGACCGGGAUGUACGUCAUUUUUCCAACGAUCAUUAUUUUCGGGCUCGAUUUUAUGCUCGGCCUCGAAAUCUUCGGAUAUCGAGAACUCAUCAAAACUAAAUGGAGCCACCAAGAUUUGGAAAGUCUUUUGCUGUUGAUCGGUCUCACGGUCGGAUUUUACGUCACGAUGAUUCCCAAGUGGGUGGCUCAGAUGGUGUUCACCAAGAACCGCGAGAUCUGUUGCUCCCAAACAUCCGUCGACGUGGUUUACCAUCUCCUCAAAUUCUCUGCGCUUACCGUUCCGAUAACUUGCAUCAUUGCGUUAAAAGAUCUCAGAGGUUCGUUGCUGAUAAGAAAAAAAGCACCAACGGUUUCCCCGGAGGCUCGAAACGAGAGAAAAACUCGUUUAUUUUUUAUCAAUAAAACGGAAACCGCAUCGACGUCGUAAGAAAUUUGUUUAAAUGUGCGCAAAAUAA